AACCACAAAUCAAUUGAUCAAGUUUACAGUUGACGGGGUCUGAUUCAUACCUAGGUUUUCCUAGUUUACUCUGGUUAAGUAACACUCUCAUAGUUAAGGGGGGUAUCUGGCCAAUUACCCUUCCAAUUUCUGUCUUUUUUAAGUAAUCGAACCAGACCAUAUACCAUCUAUUUUUAUCACUUCAGUUCAGUCCCAGAAAAUCCCCUUCUGAGGCAGAGGAUAGCUCAUAAACACCGGAGAGCAUGUUUUGAGCUUUCACCCCUCAGAACCUAAGAAAAUGUCCAUGGCCUUGUUCUCGUCGCCUCCAACCCACCUCCCCCCAUCCUUGUCUCCAAAAACCCAUUUGACACGCAAGACUUUUCUCUCUCUAAAACCCACAAAAUCCCACUUCUUGGUUUCCAUUAGAGCCACUGAGAAUGGGUCUGGGGGCACAGUGGCCUCUGUUGCUGCCACUGUAGAGGAAAAGAAGGUUUCUGUAGCUCCUGAGGCCGCAGACGGUUCUUUGGGGCCCAACGGUUCGCCGGUGGCGGCGGCCAAGGAGGUGGCUGAGUUUGGGGAUCCAAGGUGGGUGGGAGGGACUUGGGACUUGAAUCAGUUUCAGAAAGAUGGCAAGACUGAUUGGGAUGCUGUGAUUGAUGCUGAGGUUAGGAGGAGGAAGUGGCUCGAAAAUGAUCCAGAAUCAACUAGCAAUGAGAACCCUGUAUUUUUUGACACAUCAAUUAUUCCGUGGUGGGCAUGGGUAAAGAGAUUUCAUCUUCCCGAAGCUGAACGACUCAAUGGCCGUGCUGCAAUGAUAGGCUUCUUUAUGGCUUAUCUGGUUGAUAGCUUGACUGGGGUUGGUCUUGUGGACCAAAUGGGUAACUUCUUCUGUAAGACACUCUUAUUUGUAUCUGUAGUCGGUGUUCUUCUGAUCCGAAAGAAUGAGGACAUAGACACCCUAAAGAAGCUCAUCGAAGAAACCACAUUCUACGACAAGCAGUGGCAAGCAACUUGGCAGGAUGAGACCUCCAGCAAGGACUAGGCAAAAUGGAAGCUCCUAGUUUUCUUCAUCUAAACUGCCGUUUAUUGUAUUGCUGUAAUUUCUGUAGCGAAGAGUUAUGAUUCAAAAAAUUUAUAACUCCGAUCCGUGCCAGUUUUUAGUACCCUCUUUGAUUACUUUUAUUGUCGUGCAUGAUGAGAAUGUAUUUGCGUGUGGAGAAAACUGUUCCUGUAUUCCGAACCGGUGAUCGUCGCCUUUUUUCAGCGGAACCCUUUGUUUGUCCUUA